AUGCCGCCAGAACGCCGCGACGACGAGGGACGCCCGCCACAUCACCCCCAUCGUGCCCGUGGCCGAACUGAAGAUAAAGAUAAAAUGGCCGAACGAUGGUUGCACCAGCAACUGGAUCCGUAUUUCGCCCCACGUCCCAUCAUCAAAUACCUCGGCCCCGUCGGCACCAACCCCGAGAGACAGGUCGGCGUGCACAGCAACAUUUCCGCUACGGCUCAGUUCCUAGCACAGGUCAGAGAGGACAUCGCCAAUGGGAAUGAAAUUCCCUUCAACUUGGUUGAGACCACGGACGAGCGCAACAAGCGCCUGAGACGCGAGAAGAAAGAAGCCAACGAGCAGAAACUGAAAGAAGGCAUUGAGAACUACGACCCCCGCAAUGAUCCCGAGGUUCGCAGUGAUCCCUACAGGACCCUUUUCGUUUCGCGCAUCAGUUAUGAGGCCAACGAACGCGACCUGGAGGAGGUUUUCAGCCGCUUUGGCCGAAUUGAGCGAAUUCGCCUGGUGAAGUCGACAAAGGAGAAUGCGAAGAAGCCUCACCAGGGCUACGCCUUCCUCGAGUUCGAGACCGAGCAGCAAAUGAAAGAGGCUUACAAGGUCGCCGAUCAAUGGAAGAUCAAGGGUCGACCCGUCAAGGUGGACGUCCAGCGCGGCCUGACCACCAGAGGCUGGCUACCUCAACGUCUGGGUGGUGGUCUUGGUGGACGCGGUUACACCCAGGAACAGAACACACGCAUGGGCUUCAACGCGCCAUCCGGCCCUGGUGGAUAUGGCGGAUUUCGCGGAGGAGGAUACAGAGGUUUCCGAGGAGGUGGCCGUGGUGACCGCGGCGGCCGUGGUGGUAGUGAUCGUUAUGCGCCUCGUGGUGGUGUCGGCCAUGGUCGAUAUGGUGGACAGCCACCGCCCAAUGCUCCCUCUGGUCCUGGUGGUGGCCGCGGUGGCGGGGGCCGCGUCGACCGUAUCACUGGUAGCAACCGAGAGCCUGUACGCCCCCGCGAUAGCUACGCUGAUCGUGACCGUGACCGCGGUGACCGCGACGGCGACCGCUACCGUGACCGUGACCAUAUGUCCGACCUUAACGGCGACCGCUACCGCGACCGUGACCGCGAACGUAACCGAUACGAUGGUCGGGAGGAGUAUGGACGUCCCAAGCGUCGUUACCGUGACGACGACGACCGCCAUGAUCCUCGCACCAAAAGACGAUAUGACUAA